AUGGCUGGGCUUGUGGCAUAUGCAAGCUCUGAUGAGGAAGGAGAAGAUGAACAGCCUCAAUCACAAGAGGCACCUCCUCAGGUCGCCACACAGGCAGCAGCCCUCGAGGCUGAUGAGGCUCAGAAGGAAGGGGGUCAAAUAGCAGAUAAACCAGCAGAAGACGCACCAUCUUCACCGAGACAAGACGUCGAGAACCCACCACAGCCAGCGACUAUUGGCCCCAUCCUCCCCGACGCAGUACCUCUAGGCCCAUCUCUUCCACCCGUUGAUGCGCCUGUCACCACCCUUCCAGAUCCCGAUGAGCCCACGGAUGCACCCUCGUCCCCCUAUUCCUCCAACCGCGGGCUGAUUCACCACCUCACGCUCCCCUCCGUGCCUAAUCUUGAUAUCCCGCCUUCGCCGCCAGGUUCUCCUCCCCUCGAAGCCAACAAGAAAGUCGAACAGUUUCUGCAACUCAAGAAGAAAGGCGUCCACUUCAACUCCAAACUCGAACAGUCUGCGGCACUGAAAAAUCCGUCAUUAAUGGACAAGCUACUGGACUUUGUCGGCAUCGACGAUGCGGGCCAGUAUGAGACGACGCUACCCAAGGAGCUCUGGGAUCCUAGGGAGUUUCCAGACUGGGCAUUUAGGGACAAGUUGAGCAAAACUAGAGAGAAGAUUGCAAAGGAGAAGGAAUCGGAGAGAGCUAGUGGCGGUCGGACAACCGUCGACUUUGUUCCAUCAACUUCUUCGUCAGGCGGAGGACCAGCCGCCUGGUCAGGAGGGAUAAGUUCAAGGGGCGAGAAGCGCAAGGGUGGUUGGAAAUAA